AUGUCCAUUGGUCUGUUUUUUCUUGGAAUCAAUUUUUUUAUUUGCGCGAUAUCUCCAAGCUUUGCCUUGUGGCAAUUUAUUGAAGAAGCAAGUUCUAAUGAAGACCAAAAUUUUACUACCAUACGAGAUAAUAUGAUACGCAAUAACAAAAGAAAAGUAGGAUUAAUAAUGACGAUUCUUCAUCUCUUACUUGCCAUUACCUCUCUUUUAUGCGCAACAGUUGGCAUUGUUUUUGAAAAAAUGCCAGAAACCACUUUUCCAGGAUUGAUAACCACCAGUAUUUCAUUACUUAUUACAUUGUUUCUUUGGUUAACCAUACGAUAUCUUGCUAGAAAACUCGGUUCUUCAACAGUGUUAUCCGAAGCUCGAUAUUCAUUAAUUUGUUUAGAAAUUACGGCAGUCAUUUUCUUAAGCAGUCUAUUAUAUCUGAUAUUACCGAAUAUAUGGUGGUUGGAUUCUGCAGCAACGUUAAUACUAGGAACGUUACUUAUUAUCGAAUGUUCCAUUAAGAUAUAUGUGAGCAAACGCAAUUCAGAUAAAGCAAAUGGAAACAAUUGUCGAAUUACUAUUACGGUUGAAGAAACGACUAGUUCACAAAAUAAUAGUUUUCGAAAGUCUUUUAAUUCAAGCAAACGACCGUCUUCCAAACUUAGUACAAAAGUUAAUGAAAGGCAAAAUAAGAGGCCUGGAAGUUUUGAUCUUUUAGAUAUUCCUAUCGAAACAAAACCAAUAGACAUAGAGAUGUUAAGAUGA